CUGGGACCGGACGCCCGUCGGCGCGCAGGCUCCGGUCGCUGCCGCUGGGAACUUUGCCGAGCGGUUCUGUUAGCCCCGGCCUCGGCCUCCGGAUCGGGUGCGUCCGGCGGCGGGAGACAGACUCGAGUGGGAGCGGGCGGAGGUACGGCGCGGCCCCGGGGCCGCAGCCUUCGCGGGCGCCCGCCGCCAGCCGCGCCUUCGCAGGGUACCCCAUGCAUCCGGAGCCUGCCCCGCCCCCGAGCAGCAGCAGCAGCAAUCCCGAGCUUCCCUUGAGCGGCGGCAGCAGCAGCACCAGCGGCAGCCGCCGGAGCCGCCGCCGCAGCGGGGACGGGGAGCCCUCGGGGGCCCCACCGCUGCCGCCACCACCCGCCGUCAGCUACCCGGACUGGAUCGGCCAGAGUUACUCCGAGGUGAUGAGCCUCAACGAGCACUCGAUGCAGGCGCUGUCCUGGCGCAAGCUCUACUUAAGCCGCGCCAAGCUCAAAGCCUCCAGCCGGACCUCGGCUCUGCUCUCCGGCUUCGCCAUGGUGGCGAUGGUGGAAGUCCAGCUGGACACAGACCAUGACUAUCCACCGGGGCUGCUCAUUGUCUUCAGUGCCUGCACCACCGUGCUGGUGGCCGUCCACCUCUUUGCACUCAUGAUCAGCACCUGUAUCCUCCCCAACAUCGAGGCUGUGAGCAACGUCCACAACCUCAACUCGGUCAAAGAGUCUCCGCACGAGCGCAUGCACCGGCACAUCGAGCUGGCCUGGGCCUUCUCCACCGUCAUCGGGACGUUGCUCUUCCUGGCGGAGGUCGUGCUGCUGUGCUGGGUCAAGUUCUUACCCCUCAAGAAACAAUCGGGGCAGCCAAGCCCCACCAAGCCCCCUGCGGAAGCCGCCGCCGUGGCCAACAGCAGCAGCGGCGGCAUCACCCCCGGGGAGGCGGCGGCCAUUGCCUCCACGGCCAUCAUGGUCCCCUGCGGCCUGGUCUUCAUUGUGUUCGCCGUUCACUUCUACCGCUCACUGGUCAGCCAUAAGACGGACCGGCAGUUCCAGGAGCUCAACGAACUGGCCGAGUUUGCCCGCUUGCAGGACCAGCUGGACCACAGAGGGGACCAUUCUCUAACACCCGGCACGCAUUACGCCUGAGUCCGCACCUUCCCAUUUGGCCCUGUGCCCUUCCCCACCCAUGACCUUGUCCUGGCCCCGUCUACAGGACGGCCUGUGCGGGCAGCUGGGCUUCACCAGGGCUCGGUGUGCAGGGAAGAGGCUUUUAAAAAAAAAAAAGGAAGAAAAAAAAAAAAAAUCACUGCACUUUGAGACUUUCUUCUGUGAGAAUAAGCACUCUCUGUUCUUCCAGCUCUGGGUCCCCCUCCUGGUAGGAUGUGGGGGGGUGGGGGGGACAGAUGCUCUCUUUGUCCGCUCUCCUCCGCAUCAGUGCCACCCGGAUGCUUCCUGUCCUGUCG